AAGUACAUGUACAUGCAUCUGAGGUCAUGGCUCUGCUCUCUGUUCCCUGUCCUUCCUUCACCCUCCCCCCUUGUUGCCACCACUGCACCUCUUCUUCGUUCUGUGUCCACACCUCCUUCUCACUCCUUCACUCCUUCACUCCUUCGCUCCUCCACCCCUUCCAUCCCUUCACUCCCUCAUUCCCUCUCUCGCCUAGUACCUCUGCUCUCUCAGGCAUAGCUCGCCUCCAAGCCCUUACCUCCUCCCCCCCCGCUCCUUACUCCUUCCCACCCUCCACGCGUCAUUCCUCCAUGAUCAACGACGCAAACAACAUUGUCCUUGCCGUGAUGGGCGCCGUCGGCAAUGGCAAGUCCUCAACCUUGAACUCGAUCAUUCAGGAACCUCUUUUCCAAUCAGGACGUGCUGUCGGUCCUGUAACGCAACAAAUCGGCAGUUGUGUCCGUCACUGGAGGCUGCCCGAGGUCGGACGAACGGUUCAUAUUGUUGAUACGCCUGGCAUGUGCGACUCGACAUACAAGGAUGUGGAGAAUGUUCAUCUGAUGGUCGAGUUUUUCAAGACGCUUUCACACGGAGUGAGCGCAUUCGUGCUUGUCUUUAAUAUCCACAACACCAGAUUGGAUGAAUACACAAAGAACAUGCUGAGGCUGUUUGAGCGGCUGUUGGGCCCUCAAUUCUGGAAGCAUGUGGUGAUUGUCUUUACACAUGUGGACGAGGACCAGAGGGAUUAUCUGGAGGAGAACAUUGACGCGUUGACGGACCCCGUGGACGGAUUCGUGAAGGUGAUCCACCAGUGGUUCCAGCUGCAAUACCACCCACCACUGGUCUUUCUCUCGAACCGGGACACACGCUACAGUCAAUACGCACGCGAUUGCUUCAUGGAUCUGUACGAGGCCGUGGUGUCGGUCGAGGGAGGCGCACGUAGGGAAAAAUUUACGUGCACGUUCUUCCAGGAGGUGAACAACCGCACGGGCAUUGUGCAGGACAACUUUAUCGUCCACAGUAUCCGAUCUGCAGCAUCGGCGAUCCCACAGAUGGUGCAGUCGGGAACGAGGGCGGUUGCGAAUGUCUGCAGUGUUAUGUGAGCAGAGCAAAGAGGCGAAAGAGAAUGCAAAAAAAAAAGGACAUAGAAACCAUACCAUGCUGGUUCCAAUAAAAAAAAUAUUAUCUAUUCCAACUAUUGAAGCG